CUUCGGUACAUACUUAGGUAAGCUUCCCUUCUUCCCUUGCUGAGUACAUGUACGCAUCUUACAUCGCAACGUAUUAGCCAAUCAUUUAUGAUCCGAUAUAAAAGGACAAAACAGGCUUGGAGGUAUUAAGUUACCAGGCUACCCCUCUGCAGCAAUUGGAGACCAAUUCAUCUUUUAUCCAUCCUUCUUUCUCCUUAUUUUCUCUUCUUCUAAUUUUGAAAAACAUAUUUUACCUCCCGACCUCGUCAUACACUCGUCAAACAUGCUCGAGUUCUUUACAUACAAGAAACUUAAGAAACACCAGGAUGAGAAGACUGAGAAGCAGAAACUAGAGAAGGAAAAAGAUAAGGGCAAGGGAAAGGAGCAAAAGCCCAAGGGUGAUGCUGUCAAAUCUAGCGCCGAUGCUAUUCACCCCGAGUCUAUUAGCUCGCCCGAGAUUAUCUUGGAGCGUACUGAGGGUAUGCCUAUUCUCGACCUAGAGGAUGAGAAGUUUCUCGAGCGCCUGACCUCCCCAUCAGAUAGCAAUAUCAGUAUCGGCGACGGCGACGAAACGCCACCACCUUUGCCUCCGCGCAUCAAGACGCCUGUCAUCGAGCUAGACAGCGACGAUUCUAGUGUUGCCAGCAAAGAUGAGAGCAAGCAGGACGUCCCUACUAAGGAGAAGCAUAGGGGCAAGGACAAGGACAAGCACGACGGCGAUAAACAUGAUCAUAAACCCAAGCGCUUCUCCUUCGUCACCUCCCUCUCGCGCAACAUAUCUCUCCGACGCAAACCUACCCAACACCUCUCCGUACCCCCUUCUUCCUCCACACCCACAUCCCUCUCCCCCUCCCCCUCCGAACGCGAAGUCAGCAAAGAAGAAACAGAUAUCGCCCGCGUCCUCGAGGACCUCAACCUCGCCGCCUCCAUCGACAACAAGGCCUUCAGCCUCUCGCGCGAAUCCGCCGAGACCCUGCGCAAAUUCACCCAGGUUCUCAAGGACCUAGUCAACGGGGUACCCACCGCAUACAACGACCUAGUCGGCUUGAUUGAGGACCGAGACGGAAUUCUGGCCAAAUCUUACGAUAAACUCCCAUCUAGCCUGAAGAAGCUCGUCGCCCAACUCCCUGAAAAACUCACCUCGUCGCUAGCGCCGGAACUCCUGGCUGUGGCUGCGGAGGCGCAAGGAUUGAAGGGUGCGGAGGUGAUGAGUGCUACAAGGGGAAGUAAGGGCGAUGCGGCGAAGAAGCUGCUUGGUUCGAGUAAUCUCCUAGAAUUGGUGACGAAGCCGGGUGCUGUAGUGGGCUUGCUCAAGGGCAUCGUGAAUGUGUUGAAGACGCGGUGGCCGGCAUUUGUGGGCACGAAUGUGCUAUGGAGCAUUGCGGUGUUUCUUUUGCUGUCCGCGCUAUGGUAUUGCUAUAAGAGGGGGCGUGAGACAAGGUUGGAGAGAGAGGCUAGCGAGGGGGCAGGGGCGGAGAGAGAGGUGGAAGCGGAAGUGUUAGUGGAGGGAACGAAGGAGGGUGGGAAUACUGAGGCCAAUGGAGAUGUGCCUCGUAUUGAAGGAGUGCCGGAUCAGCUGCGGCAGCAGCCGACAGUGUCUGUAUCUGCCCCGGCGUCUUAGGGGGACAAGAAGAGUGGUGGUGAGCAGGUGACACAUACCGCUGUCAGUUUUCUCUAUCCAAAAAGGCUCGCCAUAGGAAAAAAGAACCCGAAAAAAGAGGGGAGGGCAAGAAGCGCAAGGGGUUGCUAUGAGGACACGAAAGCAAACUACACGAUAGGACGGGUUACACGAGUUACGAUAGAUAGGUACAUGAUGGAGAUAGAUACCCGGUUUGGUCGAUAUGUAUACCUAUACAUCUAGGAAUAAGAAUUCUGGUAUGGGACGUUGCGAUUUGAUUUGCGGAAAGCGAAAACGGAAGGAAUGAUGUUUAGGUAGAUAUGAGUAAUGAUAAUACGAAUGAUAUAGCAUCGUGGCAGACAGUCUUGUGUGAUCUAAUAUUGU